AUUGAUGAUAAAAAAUCCUUUUACCAUUUUUAUUCUAUACUGAUCAUAUAUAAGCCCAGAGUUCUCAUUAUAUCUUUACUAAUUGUAAAGAUCAAUCUGUUCGUUUCAUGUUUAAGUACGAAUCCUGAAUUAAAUACGAUGGCUUUAUCAAUUUAAUGAUUUGUUAAUUGAGAAACAUUUAGGUUUAACUUUGCAGCAUUUCAAGGAUAUUCAUGCCAUAUACCAAUCCUUUAAUACAUCCGAAUCUGCUCGAUGUCAUUCGGACAAACAUAUUGAAAAAAGACAAUAAAGAUUCAGAUUUGUGUAAUUUUUCGUAUUGGAAUAAGACAAUGCCGUGGUAUUGUCUGAAACCUGUGAACAGAACUUUAUCAUGUAAUGACUUGACAAAAUACGAACGUAAUUGGAUUGGCUAUUUAGAAGGUCUUAAUGACUGUGAACUUCAUCUUGUUAAAAGGGGUCAAUAUAGAGUUGGAGAUGUAAUCAAUAUUACAAUUGAAACUUCGAAAAGAAAUCACAGCCUACAGGAAAAUGAAAUGCAACAAUGUCGUGCUUAUAAUAGGAGCAAGCUUUGGUUCCUGAAACAGUCAACAGGUUAUUUCUACCAAGGAAGGUGGAUAAUGACCCAUUGUAAAGGAAGGAAUAUAUUUAUAGGAGAAUGUCUUCGCAACACAAUUAUCUAUCUAUGGGGAGAUUCAACAAGUUUGCAAUGGUUAGCGCACCUGAAAUCUUCGAAUUUAUCUUUAGGUUGUACACUUAAACGCAUAUCUGGCGAACGAUGGCACACACGUUACGAAGCAUAUUGCUUGAAAUACAAUUUAUGGAUUAUAUAUAUACCUCACAAUAUACCAGCUGUUGCUGGCGGGGUAUCAAAUAUGAGUAGUUACUUUUCAAAACCACUAUCUGAGCAAGUUAAGGAUUUCAAAAAUACAAGCAAACGUGUUGUUAUCCUUCACAUAUAUUCACAUUUACAAAUAGAGCGUAUUAAUUUUUUCAUAGCAAAUGUUAUUGCUAUGCGGUAUUAUUUAGAAAAAUUAGAAAGAAUGAGUCAAACUCAAAUUUUAAUCAAAUUACCUCACAUGCAUCGUGACGAAGGAAUUGAUGGAUGGGUGAUCAGACAACCUGACUAUAUUGGUUUAUUAUAUGAAUCUGUUAUACGAAAGGUUUUUACGGGCAUGCAUCAUUCUGUAAUUGCACUACAUAACAAAGAUAUAACAAUCGCAACGAAAAGCAUGAAACUUCAUCCUGAACACUUUGUUGUUUCGGCGAUGGUAGAACAAUUUUUACAUUAUUUGUGUUAGGUGUUACAUUGCUAUAUACUAUUUAUAAUUCUUACCGUAGGUGGGUGUAAACACUGAAGGCAUAUUGAUUGAAUGUUCGUUGGUCUUUCGCGUUGAUUGCUGGUCACAAACCUAAUACCAUCUUUUUUGCGCCAAAAGUUUUACCAAAAUUAUAAAAAUGUAUGAAGGUUUUUUUUUAUUUUAAAGUUUGUCUGAUUGAUAUAGAAUCCCUCUUUUUGCAUUAUCGUAGAUAGUAAAUAUAUUUAAACAUUUUUUAAUUAUAUGGCCAAACAACUGUAUUUCAUAGCAUGCAUUUUGUAAAAAUAAAUAUUAUAAAGAUGAAAAUGUUCCAUUUAACUAUUUUCUUGUCAAGCUCUUAUAAAAUUAUCUGAAGCAAAACAUAUUUUUAUUUUAGUUUUUUUUAUUCUUUUGACAAUCUUAAAUAAUAUUUAGUACUACUAUCAACAUUGAAGUCAUGUAACAGUUUAUAUAUGAAUUAAAUAAAAGUUUUAAUGAAGUUAUAACAGCCAUGGAAUAUUAUUGUACUUAUGACUAACAGUAACGUUAAACAAUACUAAAUGCAACUGAAAUUUGAUUAAAUGGAUCUGACCUCUUUUGUCUUUAUCAAUUACAGACAAUUGAUGAUGAAUAGCGUUUCACUUUUAAUAGCAAUACGCAUUUUGUUCUUCUAUGCACAAGAUUAACGCAAUAAAAACUGAAAAGAUAUUAAACAUUUGUAUACAGUUUCAACCAAUGUAAGUGUUUUUUUUAUAAUUGUGCUGGUGAAUCUUUAAUUAAUUAUAUUUGAUUGUAAAUGUAUGUGUGAAUGUAAAAUAACACAUUGUUUGCAACCAGAAACAAUGAAUUGUGAUACUAUCAUCACAUGGUUAUAACACUGGCGUGACCAGGCUCACACUUUAAAAUUUACCAUUUGAUACAGUUAAUUGACAAAACACUGUCGAAUCUUGUUACAUCUAGAAAAGAGAAAAAUGGGAUUCAUUAAGAAUGCCUAACACGGGAAAAAUAAAAAUGUGGCUUGUUUGGUAUGAUUUAGCUUCUUCAUGGAUGAUAGUGAUAACGGCAAACUACGGGUUUUCAACGACCAAGUAUUGAUAUGACAAGAUUUAUGAAUGAAAUAUGGCAGUAAAGUAGAUAUGAUGCUGUUAUUUGUACCAAUACAGAAAACUGGUUUCAACAGUUCAAAAUGAAAAUAUACAAGAAACUUGAGUAGCAAUGCCAGUUUGUAUUUUCAUUUUAGCUACACACAUCCUAAGUAAAUUAUCAAUAGGUCAAAGUGUACUGAAGUUAUUGCAUAAAAGCUGAAAAUUAUAUUGUAGACAAGUAACCUUAACCUUGCUUCACCUUGCUCUAGAUAUAUAAGUAGCAAUCACAAGCUACAUCUUAAUUUUAGCUACUCACGCGACAAGUUUGUUGUUAAUAGGUCAAAACUCAAGUUAUUACGUGAAAACUGAAAUUUUAAUUGGAUUCCGAACUGCCUCUUGAUAUAAGCUACCAAGUUUGGUGUAAAUUGGCCAAAGCAAACUCUAAUUAUUUAACGGAAACUAAGUUUCUACUUUAAGCAACAGUGACCUUGACUUUGAUCAUAAAAACCUGGGUUGCAUUCUCAAGCUGUCUUUUGAUAUAAGCUACUCGCACACACAAAGUUUGGUGUCAAUAGGGCAAAACAAACUCCAGUAAUAAAGAAAGCGGAAACCACAAGUUGACGACAGCCCGCCGCCUUCGGCAUUAUAUUUACCGGUUUUCGUUGAAAUCCUGGUCAAGAAGUAGGCAACAUAAUUAUCCUAAAGGUGAUAAACAUUAUUCAAGUGAGAGGAAUACAGGAACCAACGAAAAUCAACAAAACUGGAAAGAACCAAAAGUGCCAAACACAUGUACUGAUAACAAUAAUGAUGGCCUGAACAAUCUUCAAUGAUAAAAAAUAUAACAUCUUUGAUUUAAUAUCCGGGAGACUUACAUAUUUGGUCAAAAAUGUAAGUGCUAUAAAGAUACACCAUUCUGUUAUGAAAUAUGUGUUUACUUCAGCGGUACCACUUGCCCCUCACCUCUGUGGGUUCGAAUCCCGACAGGGACUUUGGAUUCUUUCAUGUGAGGAAGCUAUCCAGCUAGCUUACGGGAACGUCGGUGGUUCUACUCAGGUACCCGUUCGUGCCUGAAAUAAUGCACGGAAGGGCACCUGAGGUCUUCCUCCACCAGUAAAGCUGGAACGUCGCGAUAUGACCUAUACUGUGUCGAUGUGGCGUAAAACCCAAAACA